UUCAUUAUCUUUAUUAUUGAUUGAAGAUGCUCAUUUUUGGAGGAAAUAUUAAAUUGUGUUUCUUUGGCAUCGGAUAUAUCCUUAGACAGCACACAUUCCUCCACAUAAGAGGAGCUUAAGGGACAUGGAGAAUCAAUCACCCACUCCUCAAUCUGAGGGAAAUGCAGAGUCUGGGGGAAAGGCAGGGCAACAUUCUGAUAAAGGCGGAUACUCUGUUGAUGCAGAAGACCUUAUUUCUAAACUUUUGGCAGUUGGUUUGACAGAUGAUGAUGAUUUUCCCACAUCGGUUCGGAUGGAACGGAUUCCUCGCGAGAUCUUUGAACCUGGAAAGAAGAAAAAAACACGGGCCUUAGUGCGUGAACAUUCAUCAAGAGAUGUAAAUGAAACAUCCCCAAACUCCACACACAGCCCAUGGCUGUCUAUAGCAGAGAAUAUACAGCAUUACCUACGCACUUCUUUUCAAAAUGUUAUGAAUAAGAUGCAAUCCCAGAGUUCUGGCGAAAUAAAAGCUUCAUUUGUAGCUCGAAUCGGCAAAGUUUUCUUUCAUGGGCCCACUGUUAGCAAGAGCGCCGUUCUGAAAAAAGUAUUAGGUAUUAAGAAUAAUGCUACAGGUAAUGUGAGGAAAACAUUUUAUACAAAUGUUCCUGUUGAAUAUAUGCAAGCUGUUGAAGAUCAGGUUGUCCCAAGGACUGAAUUUGGUAAUGCAGCAGAGAAAGAGUAUUAUCAUGUGAAGGUACUUGACCAACAUGGAGUGACUCUUUCAUGCAAAUGUUCUGCAACAAAAGAUGGUGGAAAACUUGAGAUUCAUAAGGCGAGUAUUAUGCCUUCCUCUAAUUAAUAUUUGUAACUAGAUACUACUAGUAAAAUGCAUGCGUGUUGCACUCGGGAAAUAAUUCGAAGUAUGCAAAAGAACAAUAAAAACCACAGAUUGCUCCAUGAUAUACAUGAUCAGGG